UCUCUUCUUCACUUGCAGCAAUGUCAUAAUGGAGCCAAUGACCAUGUUGGUAUUGGCCUUCCAGCUGCUGGCGCUCUUCUCGAUAGCCGGCGCGCUGUUGAUCUAUUUGAUAUGCAAGGUGCGCGAGGAGAGCCAGGUGGGGCACGGCGAGGUGCCCGCCAGCCGCGUGGUGCUGGUGACGAGCGCCGACACGGCGCUGGGCCUGCAGCUGUGCACGUAUCUGGCGAACAAGGGCUGCCGCGUCUUUGCCGGCAUGAAGGAGGCGCGCGAUUCGCUGCCCGCCAAACUGCUCUGCGGCUGGAUGAAGAUACGGGAGUAUAGCGAGGAGCCCAUCAGUGGCACGAUUAUACCCAUGCGGCUGGACGUCACCCGGGAGGAUGUGCUGCGCGAGGCGACCAUUGCGAUGGGCGCCCACCUGAAUGCGAACGAGCGCGGCAUUGCGGCGGUCAUCAACACCAGCGGCAGCGUGUACCGCGGACGCGUCGAGUCCCAGGAUGGGCAGCAGUGGGAGCAGAUGCUGAAGACGAACAUUCUGGGCACGCUGCGCGUGGCCAAGGCCUUUGUGGGCCUGCUGCGGCCGACACGCGGCCGCCUCCUCUACCUGGGCGGCAGCAGUGCCGGGGGCAGCAUGGGCGGCGAUGGCCUCGUCGCAUUCAAUGCAUCACGCGUCGCCGUCGAAAAGUGUGCCGAGGAGCUGCGCAAGGAGCUGCAGCCAUAUGGCGUCAGCAUCGUUGCCCUGGACACCUGCGGCAUGACCGCCGAGUCGCUCUACAAGGCGCCCGUGGCGCAGACCAUGUCGCAGUGCCCGGGCGCACCCACACAGUACACGGCCGAUGUGCUCAGCUCCAGCGCCUUGCAGAUGAUCGAGCGAGCGCUCUGGGAUUAUGUGCCGCAGCAGCGUUACGCGCUGCUCUCCCAUAACAAGUAUCAAUUCACGUUGCCAUGCCGCUCCUCGCUGCGUCUACAUCGAGCCAGCAGUGAGGCCGCCACGCAGUCCGUCUAGACAGAUGAGGAGACAGAGUUAAAGAGAGAGCGAAUAAAACAGAGAGAGAGAGAGAGGAGAGGGAGGACGAUUUGAUGGAGCUACAGAUGUGUCAAUUUGGGCAUGGAUCGCAGCUUAUACAUAUACUUAUGCAAUACUUUUUCUGUACAUACGUAUAAAAUACACACACACACAGCAGCUACACACACACACACCAAUACACAC